UUCACUUGUGUUCACCACCCUUUUUCGACGGGAAGGGGUGGGGGUCAGCACCAAACCUCUCUUCUGGGAUCACCUUGUCUUCUGGACUCAUUUGGUAGAGGACCUUAUAUCAGCUGCCAGGCUUACAAAGGAAGAACAUCAGCAUUUCAUGCAUUUUGCCCACAAGCUUCAUUACAGUUUUGCAGUCCCCUGCCAGGAAUCACGCAGCCUGCAGACCAAGAGCACAAGCACUAGCAUACCUGCAAGGAUCCGCUAAUAUGACAGUUCAACAUGCUAAACCUCCAACCUAUGAAUUCCAGACCUUGGCAUAUAAACUAAUGCAGAGGCUUACAAGUUUCACCUGACAACCAUUACACUCAUGUUCUUGGCUCUGUUUUCAACACAGGAACGUAUGGUACAAUGUGUGACAGGUGUGUUGUAUUAAUGCACUGAUGAAAGCAGCAACUGCAAUAGAAAAGAUUAAACAUAACAAACAGGCUCAGAUUCUUUCAUUUGGUGAAAAACCAGUAUCUUCAAGAAAUAACAUUUCUCUAGAUUAUUGGUGAUAGGCAAGAUGUCUUAACCUACUUGGUGUUUAGCUUCCCGGUGACCACAUUGGUAGAACAUGUUGGUGCAUUCCUAGCCCUUUAGCAGCUACACUUUUAAAUGCCACUGAGUUACUGUGAGAUAGCUGCCAUGCAUCUUACCCCAGACAGGUUUGCAUUUUUCCUUUAUCAGGAUUUUUAUGGCUUUGUGAUGCACGGUCAGACCUGGCUGGCUGUCGCUGCAGCACUGAGGACAUCCCUGAGGGCCAUCCCAGCCAUGUCUGCGUAGACGGUGGGUGUCCUGUGGGCUGGGGGCUCAAGGACUGGGUCUGGGGACGAAAGGCAGGGAGCAGACUGGAACCAGCAAGGCAUGAUUAGGUUUGUGCUUCUGUUUCCACCACCGGUGCCUACCAGGCCAACCCCUCAGCCAGCAGCCAGCCCUGGGGAGGAGGCUCGGGGGAUGCCGCGGCGUGGGCGUAGUGUCAGGAGCUGUAGCCCAGCACCUGCCCCAGCCCAUCUCCUAGCACCCCAUUACUGCUACGGGUGCUGGCAGCUCCCCAGCACCCAGCACAGUGCCUCUGGCUGCCGGGAGCGGGGCUCGCACAUGUCCGGGGCAGAGGCGCUGGGCCCCCUGGGCCUCGAGCCAUGCACAGGAGACGUCCCCUCCCUCAAAGAACUGGAGCAGCUCCUCAAUACUGGGCAGCGCUCCUGUAACCACGUCGAUGAAGUAUGGCCUAAUCUCUUCUUGGGAGACCUAGUAACAGCUCACAACAGAUUUAUUCUGUGGAAGAUGGGUGUUACCCAUGUUUUAAACACUGCCCACGGCACAGUGUACAGCCAGGGAGACCAGGACUAUUACGGAGCUACCAUUGAUUACUAUGGUGUACCAGCCCACGACCUCCCCAGCUUUGAUAUAAACCAGUUCUUUUACUCUGCGGCAGAAUUUAUCCACAAAGCCUUGAAUACGCCGGGAGCUAAAAUUUUGGUACAUUGUGCAGUUGGAGUAAGCAGGUCAGCUUCCCUUGUCCUAGCAUAUCUCAUGAUAAAUCACCACCUCCCAUUGAUUGAAGCCAUCAAAACAGUGAAGGAACAUCGAUGGAUUUCACCCAACUGUGGCUUUCUGAAACACCUGCGAAAUUUGGAUGUUCAGCUAUGGCAAAAGAAGGACUUCUGAAAGGGCAAACCCAUUUGCAUUCAGUUUUUCAGCCUUCAUAAUCAAUGUGCCUAUAAUACUUCCCAUGAUCAGUGCAUACUGAAAAGAUGAAGAGUUACGCAUCAAAUUAAAAAAAAAUCAACAGAACUGCCAAUGGAUUAAUUCUGGUAGCUCAGUUUCUUGUAGACGAGCACUGCCAACAUCAGCCCUAUAAGCACCACAUGCUGCAGAGCUGCUGUGCCCAGCGUGGUGCUACCAGAUGACUCCCCUGGAGCAGUUAGGAUGGACUGUGGUUGUUCCCUAUUUGUGCUAAUACCAAAGGCAAGUUCAAUAACUGCAUCUAGUGGUACAGUAUGUUUGAGACCCCUUUACUAAGGUGUGUAAAAUGACCUUCAGUUUGGUUGCAGUUUUCGUAUGAAAAGCUCGUCGUGGUGCAGGCCUGGUGAUGUAAUGAGGGCAAUUGGUCAGAAGCCCAAGCACUGCUGCAGACACCUUCCUCUUCCUCCAGUCUCUUCAGUGUUGCACUGCCACAGAAAGCUGUGGCAGCCUGAACACCCACACCAGCAGAAUAAACUUCCUCCGCUCAGCUCUCUAUGCAGUCUCAGGGUCAGCAAACCCACAAGCCUUUUCUUGUGUAAAUAUGUUUUCAACAAGAUACUGUAUAGUAUAGUAUAUUGAGGACAUUAGGAAAGAAGACAGAUUUUCAAGGUAUUUUGUAAGCAUAAACUCAUUAGUUCUGUGUAAGUGGCUUUGAAUCAUCCUUGGUUUAACAUCAGGUAGGAACUCAGGCAUUCGUCAUUACUGAGGAGCUACUGGCAUGUGUUUGCCUGUUCCCCACUGUGUGUUUCCAAGCUCUCACCCACAAGAAAUGCAGAUUGCGCUAAGGGCCUGUGGAUGUUAAAUCCAUAAAAGACGUGUAUAAGGAGUCAUUUUGGCUUUAAGUAUGUAAAGUGCUUAUUUUGCACCAUCUCUCUGCUCUUCACCCCUCAGUCUGCAAGGAAAUUGCUGAGCUCCACACCUGGCAACUGCUCCCACACACAACCAACUUGAACCUGAGCAAGGACAUCUUCCCCCUCUGCCUGUCCUCCUGCCUUUAUCCUGUUCCUUCCAACUUCUCAGGUUUAAACCAAAAUAUUAUCCACCCUCUCUGGCCUCUUCCUUCACAAAGGAUUAGUCCAGAGAAAGAAAGUGUCAAAGGUCCAGGAAAUCCAAGUAAUGCUUUCCAUCCAUCUCCGCGUAAGGGUGCUGACACCUGAAUAUGGUGUCUUGUCUAUGUUCCAGAUUUCAAAGUUUCAACUUAAAAUAAGCCUAAAAAACCAGACUGACAGACUCCCUGCCUGCCUGCAUGCCCUUAAUUUGAUUUAAGCCCAUCUUGUAUUGCUAUUUUCUAAAUUCAGCAGGGAACUGAGUUAGUUUAAAUAAAUAGCUUGGCUUAAUUGAUACAAAUUAGUUUUAGGUUGUUUUGAGGUUGUCACUUUUCCUAUGACCAGUUAAUCAGUUACUUAAACCAACAUGAUUUUUAAUACAGAAACAGAAUUUGAAAUUCAUGCUACUCUUCUCCCUAAAAAUUACCUUAUGGUGAACCAUGAAGCAAUAAUCAAAUCUAUUUUUGCCCUUUGCUACUAGGUUGAUUUAUUGAUUAGAUGACCUUAUAAACUUUCCCUGCCAGAUUAAGUAAAUACAUUUCUGCUUGCUUGAAGCACCAGGCCUGAUCAUUUCCUCUCUGCUGGAGAAGGCUUGCAAAGUUAUUACAAAACGUAAAUGGUGGUGACUUGUGGGUUGUAGUUCUUCCUUCCCUGACCUCUAUCACCCUUAAUUCUUGGAGAGGCUGAGACACAGAUGCUGAUUCAGCCUAGUGCUUAUGGGAAUGUAGAAAUCCCUAUUUCAGUGUACACAAAUGCUUUGCAAAAUAAGCAUAUUUAAGAUCCUUUUAGAGGUCUGUUUGACUGUCUGUUCAAAUUUUCCUAAAUCUUGCCAAAGACCUCCACUGGCAACAAAGAGAAAAUUUGGUAAUGUAAAAAGAUCAAAUAGAAAAUCACAUUUAAAACCCAACAGUGCUAGCACAAUCUUUAUACCUCACAAAGCAGCGGAGGAGGAGCUGGGUUUACUUUGAAGUUCUCCAUUAGCGUUAAUAAGGAUUUACAUGAGUUAACAUUUCAUUGUAAUUUAUACUUCAUUCACAUUACAGUAGGUUUCAGUCUUGAAGCCUUUUGAAGACAUGGCACUGAAAAGUCUGAAAUUCAUGUGAGUGAAAUAAUGCAUCUUAAUGGCUUUAGGCUGGGCAAAAUUAGACACAUGUGAGCAAGAUUGAUGGAACCUCCCAUCAGGAUAAUGCUUUGCAUGCCCCUGAACAUCUGUCCCACAAAGCCACAGCUGUGAAAGCUGCUCCUGUUGUAAAUUAGUACCUGCUCUCUUAGAUACUGCUUCUCCUUUGAGAGUUUUGUUUCACAAGGGGUACAGAAUUGUAGACCAAAGUUGAGCCAGUAUGGCAUCCAUGCCACCGGUGACACGGUAGUGAUUUUGCACAGCAAGACUUACUUACCCCAGUGGAUAGAAAAAAUUAGUUCGAAACUCCUUUCAAGGGCACUGGCAAAUCACAGAAGUGUUUUUAAUCUGCAGCGGUUGUGUUGCCUAAAUUUCCUGCCUGCAAUAUUGCUCCCUUCUUUAUAUUCUGUGCACCUUUGGCUCCAGCUCUGCGCAGGGAAAAAGGAUCCCAUCAACAUAUGUAAAAGCAGUAAAAUUAGUCCUGUAACUUCUUGAAACAGAAAACACUGCUUUGACUUGCUAGGUGGAAAAAAGACCUCACCAGUCCUUUACAUUAUCCAUAGCUCAGGUCAUGAUGUGACAUAACAUUAGUACUUCCCUGUUUUCCUCUAUCAGCAAAAAAACUUGUAUUUUGAAUAUUGGUUUGGCAAGUUAGGCUGAGGAGCCAAAAUAAAAGCAAAACACUGCCUCACCAGUGGCACAAGAAUAUGCACGUGACAACAUGGGCUGCACGAUGCAGGAGACUAAAGGCAUUGAAUGUUAACUCCUCAUUGAGAAAGGAUCCCACUUGGGAAGAUGCUUCAGUAGCUGAAGAUAAGCUGGGUGCCUGCUGAACCAAAGCAUCCAGGCUCACCCAGAGGUGCCCCUGUACCUUCCCAAGACCCUGAAGGAACUGUCAAUGCUGGGGACCAAGCCUGACGAGGAGCUGCUUACUUUCCAUCUCCCCUGAAGCAAACAGGCACACAGGACUUCCUGCCCAGGC